AUGUCAUACUCCUCUGAUGAGGAUGAGCAAAACCUAGUCAAUGCAGUCAUCCUAGAGAGGCUAGUGGUCCUAGAUAAUCAACGGGGCGAGUGUCCUCCAUUGCAUGACAUAUCUAAAGCUUCUUCUGUACAAUCCUUUCAGGUUCAGGCGUUGGCUCGCUUAGCUCUUCUCGAGGACAGAGAGGGCAAAGUAGCCUCAAUGUCAGGUCAGAUGGUCCGGAGGCAGCGCUCAGAUGACAAGCCUGAGAGCCAGGUUGCAGAGGAGCUCCAGGUGGAGCUUUAUAACGAACCUCCAAGGAGGGAAGCUUCUAUGCAGGAAGUAGGAGAAAAUGAAACAGAAGUGACUGAAUUUAUCCUCAUUGGCUGGUCAGGACGACCCAAGGAAAGGAUGACUCUAAUGGCUUUCUUGAUUGUUGCUUAUGCAGUAACAGCUGUUGGAAAUGGACUCAUCGUGUUAGUGGUUGUAACCGAUCCACGGCUCCACAACCCCAUGUAUUUCUUCCUCUGUAAUUUGUCCAUCCUUGAUCUCUGCCUCAUAACAACUGGGGUCCCACAAUCUAUAGCCAACUGUUUAGUGGACCGCCCUGUUAUGUCUCUUCCUUUGUGCUUCACCCAAAUCUAUGUUGGUUUAUGCUUUGGAUCAACUGAAUGUUUACUCCUGGCUGUCAUGGCUUAUGACCGUUACGUUGCUAUCUCCAACCCACUGCGCUACACACUCAUCAUGAAUAUGAGGGUUUGUAUUGUGUUAGCCACUGUGACAUGGACUACAGCCUUUAUGCUUACUGUUGUGCCCUGUCUUGCUAAACCAGCUAAAUUCUGUGGAAAUAAUGAAGUCGACCAUUUGUCAUGUGAAUUUAAAUCUGUAUUUAAGCUGAUUUGUACAGAUACAUCUUUGAGCCAAAUAAGCAUUUACUUUACCAGCAGCUUUACAUUAGUCUUCCCCCUAAGCUUUAUCCUUUUUUCCUAUUUGCGCAUUCUAGUGACCAUCCUGAGGAUGCAUUCAGAAGGAGGCAGGAUGAAGGCUUUUUCCACAUGUGGGUCCCAUCUUGCUGUGGUGUCCCUGUACUAUGGCACUUGUAUCUUUGCCUAUCUUCUUCCUCAGACAAAGAGCACAAGUAACCUUGAAAAAAAUGUGUCUAUAUUUUAUGGAGUGGUGACACCUAUGUUGAACCCUUUAAUUUAUACCCUAAGAAAUCAAGAAGUCAUGGGAGCACUGAAGAGACUGCUAAAUACAAAAGAUGUCACAUAA